UGCACCGCUAACGCGGCGUGCGGGUUCAGCAAGACGACGUUCAAAUGCGACCUGAAGAAAGGUUCGGGCCAGAUUACGGCGGCGAACAAGCAGGGGUGCGCGCUGAUGAACCAGAUGCAGGGACUUUUCCAGGCGGUGAAUGGCAAGAGCGCUGCAGGGGUGAUCCCGGCGGCCGUGGCAUCCGAGUUUAACCACAUCUCCGGCCACGUCUUGAAGGGCGAGGCGAGCAACCCGGACGCGGGCCGCCACACCAAGUCUGCGUGGCUCGCGACGCACAAGAACCAGACGCCAACCACGCAGAACGCGAAGACGCACAUCCUGCAGUUCCCUCCUCUGAAGACGGUCUGGGACGACGGCUUCUACGAUGACACCGACAUAAAGAACAUGUGCGCGGUAAGCAUCGCCCUGCGCAAGAAGGCGGGGAGUGCGCGCGCGUCAUUCGUCGUGCAGACGCCGUUCGGCACGCCGAUCUGCGUGGAGACGUUCACGCAGGGGACCGGGAGCUGCUUCCCGGUCGGGACGGACAAGCCGAAGCAGGGGCUUGGGCAGCAGUGCGGGCAGGGACAGGAUUGA